AUGAUUCGUCUUGUACUUAUUGCGGUUUUGUGCUUCAGUUUUGUGGUGUCUACUGAACACGUAGAACAUGGUGUUGUGCACGAUGAGAAAGGACUUGAUGUUGAAGCAAAUAUGAACUUAGAAACUCGUGGUGGGCAUUUGGAUUCUAGAACUGAUUUAAGAACAUCUGAAACUCCACAUAGUGACCAUAGGGUGAUUGAGGAAGAGCAUAUUCCGACGGAAGUGACUAUUCAUGAGAAUGAAUCGACGAAUGUUGAUGAAAAUAAUAAAACUCUAGGUUUAACGACAGAUAAAACCGAGCUUAAAAAGGACACGAAGAAGAAAAAUAAGCCAUUGUUCAAGAAAAAAGAUAGGAAUAUGAGUGAAGAAUUAACUACAGAAGUUGUUACUCCUGAACAAAUUCCGGAAAUUACAACAAGUAUUCCUGAUUCCGUGCAUUCAAUGACAGAAACUGAGGCUUCUCUAGUAGAUUCAACACAGUUUGAUGAAACUAUGGCUAAAACAGCAGAAGAUGAAGAAGUGCCUAAGACGUACAACCAAGAAAUGACUUCUACAAAUUUACCAGAUGAUACAACUACAAUAAAAAACGAAGUCCUGGAAAACACUGAAACGGAACCUUCAAAUGAAAAUCAAGUUACAGAAACAACAACACUGUUAAGCCAUCAAUUAAAAACAACAACUUUACAAACAGAAGUUGAAACAAUAGAGGAUAGUACACAUCCUACAACUCAUAUAACUUCCGAAAUGCCAUCUGAUGAUGAAACAACAACAGAAAAGCAGAAGGAAAUAGAAUUUACAACACUCCCUACUGCUGUAAGUACCACGGAAGACAAUGCUCCAAUGACCGUGACAGAUACUUUGAAUAUUCAUGAAGACACAAAUAAUGAAAUGAAGAAAUCUAACAAUUUGGACAGCUCAGAAAUGAAGUUUGAUGGCUCCUCAACAGUUAUGCCGGAAGAUAUUGUUACGAAAGAUGAUAAAAAUAUUACUUUGAGCAAUGAUUUAGAGGACACAAAUUCAUCCAAAAGCGAGGAUGAAGAAAGUUUCAUAUCGCGCCAGAAGAAGCAAAUGAAAUUGGAGAAUUCUGGUGAUCGGUGUUUGUGUGAUGAACCAAAGAGACCAUUUGAGUCUUCGGCAUGUGUAGGAGAACGAACAACUGCUGACCCUAACUGCCCCUGUAGAUUUGUUUGUGCCGGACAAUCAGGACAGUCCUGCUCUCCUGGAGAACCUUGUGACGAAGAGUUUGGACUGCAGUGCAAUCCUCAGAACAACACAUGUCACGGACCACUGUCAAUACAGGUAUUUGAUUUGUCGCACAACUCUGCUAAAGUCAGAUGGGUAACAUUUGAGCCUGAUUUGCAUCCACAAGCCUUGGUGUUCUAUGCAGCAGCUUAUAGGGGAAUUCAUACUGAGUGGAUUAAAGUAAAUGAUGUGAAACCUGUUGUAACACUAGAGAACCUUUUGCCUAAUCGAAAUUAUUACGUUAAAGUUGAAGAAGAUGGCCGACAAGAAAUAUCAGCAUUUAAAACUAAAGAACAUAUCAUUGGAAAUAUGCCAAAGAUUUUGGUCAAGCAAAAAAGCCAAACAACUCUUACUGUUGUGUGGGAUGACUUCCGCUUGCCCAGUUACCAUUCAGAAUAUAUUCUAGAAUAUAGACCAGCUGAAGAAAAAAAUCAAGAGUGGACAAAAGUCAAGGCUGGCACUCAAACAAUUGUGACUGUUUCAAAUCUAAAACCCAACAGACCGUACCAAAUCAAAGUAGCUGUUUGGGAGGAUGAAAAACUUGAUCUUUCUUCUGAAGUUAUCACUGCUUAUACAGCAGAUGGCUGUAUAAGAAAUAACAAGAUGUACAAUGUUGAAGAAGAAUUUUUUGUGGAAUGUGACUUCAGAUGUGUAUGUAAAGGUAGCAAUGAGACAGAUUGUUCCCCUAGAUGCGAUGCUCCAUACAUGAAAUAUGGUGUAACCAAUAAUGACCCAAUGUGCUAUGAGAAGCCUGUAUCUUCAGAUCCUUGUUGUGUACUAGUGAAGUGUGCAGAAUCAAAAGCAAUUGAAGAUGGUGAUGCAAAGAAUAAAUCGGGAGAAUGUCCAGAAAUCUUUGAAGAAUCAGGGUUUGAACCUAAAGCUUGUUUGUCUGAUUGUGAUCAUGAUGGGGAUUGCAGUGGAAUCUCAAAAUGUUGCCCCAGUUCAUGUGGUGGUGCAGUUUGUGUGCGUCCCUUGAUCCCUGAAGAUGUAUGCGAACAUAUUUAUUGUGGACCAAAUGCUAAGUGUGUUGCAGAAAAAAUAUCUUGUGUAUGUUCUGAUGGCUAUGAAGGUGAUCCUCAUGACUUUUUAAAGGGAUGCAUUCAAAGUAACACGACAAAUGCCACUUCAAGUGAAGCACCCAAGAUAAGGACUGCCUUUGAACUUGAUUUAAGUGACAAAAAAAUUCCAGACAGUUUGGAGGAGUUAACUACAAUCAGUUCUAAACUUACCACUCAAGAUCCUGCUUCUGGAAAUGAAUUAGGUGCUGAUAAUGUGGACGUUAAAGAAAAAGAAACAACAGAAGCACCAUUUGAAUUAGAUUUAUCUUCAAACAUUCAUAAUAAUAGCAAUUACCCAUUGAACUUAAAUGCUUCAACUGAUGAAACGGUUAAUCCUACGGAAGAGCCAGAUGAUGAAGAAAAUUUGCAUUUCAGAAGACCCCAAGAUAUUGAGUCAGCUCAACCCAAGAUAAAUGAUCUUGAUGAUGAGAAUGUAGAAGAUGACCUUAAUUCAUUGCAAAAUGGAACGUUAGAUCAACCUGUUUUAUUUGAUGGAUGUGAGUACAAUAACGUCAAGUAUGAUAGAGGUGUUCAAUUUGAAGAUGGCUGUGAAGCUCGUUGCUACUGCGAAGGUCAGGGAAAUUUAACAUGUGUUCCUCGUUGCAAUGUCCUCUCUACUGGUGGUCCGGCUUGUCGUGAAAUACCCGAUCCUGAUGACCAUUGCUGUAAAAUCAUGGUUUGCAGUUUUCCUGGUAAUCCUGCAGAACCAGAAGGUUUGCCUCUCAAAAUAUUGUCUGCUUUAGCUCAGAAUGGUACUUCUAUACGUGUUCGCCUGGGGUUAUCCAUGUCCCAACUUCCAGCUAUGGUUGGAAGAGACAUAUUUGAAGUUUGGUAUAAAAAAUCUUCUGACAGUGAAAACCAGCUAUCCCAAUGGAAUAAAAAGCUGAUUUCCGAAAAUGAGUUGAAUGAAGUUCAGAAAGGAGUAUUUGAAUUUGAUAUAAAUGAAUUGAUGCCUCAAACAGAUUAUUACAUUAAAGUUGGUAAAGACAAUCAUGGAACAACUAGUCUGAAAAUGAAUGAUUUCAGCAAUACCGUUAAUGUCAAGACAUUUCCUGCUGCAGUGAAGACGGUUUUCCAGGGUUGCUUCCACCACAACAAAUCUUACAAUUUGGGUGAAAUAUUUUAUCAAGGCUGUGAGCAUAAAUGCAUUUGCAGAGAGAAAGGAUUCAUUGAAUGUCAAGAGCGAUGCGCUAUUUACAUUGAUUCCAUUGGUUAUGAAGGUUGUGAUUGGAUUCCAUCCCAAGAAGAUCCUUGUUGUACAAUUCCUAUGUGUAAUCGAAGGAAAAUACCAUUGCUUCCAGAUGAAAGAACACAUGUUUUAGGAAAUACAGAUAACCUAUGUGUUAUUGAUUCAAAUGAAGCUUACAGAGUUGGUGAUAUAUGGGAAUCUGGUGAUGGCUGCAAAAUGAAAAUUUGCAGAUGUACACUUCUGACCAAUGGCAGCACAAGCAUUCAGUGCCAGAGUGACUGUCCUCCUUUACCACCUAAUGCUCAUAUUCCAACAUCUAGGUGUCCUCAUCCAGUUCUUAUUAAACCUGAUGGCCCUUGUGACUGCCCGUAUGUUUCUUGCACUGAAGCUCCUAGACGUAUUGUUCAGCCUCCUCGCCCUCAAUGUGAAUUCAAAGGACAAAGAUAUGACAUGGGCCAAGAAUUUCAUGAUGGUUGUAUUAAUUUAUGCCAUUGUGGGCAGGAUUUGAGAGUGAACUGUGCUGCAAUUGAAUGCCCAUAUCACUUUUCUGCUGAGUUUUCAAAUUGCUUAGAGUGGGACAUAGAUCCAGACUUUUUCCCUGCACCACCUCACUGUUGUGCACCUGCUAAAUGCAAAAAUGAUGGUUCAUGCUUAUUUAGUGGACAAAAAUUUGAAAAUUUUGAUGAUAUUCCCGCUGAACUGUUGCCAUGUGGUGCAAGAUGUGUAUGUGUAAAUGGAAAUGUAACUUGUGAAAACAGAUGCCCACCCAUUGAAGAUGUGCCACCAAUUAAUUUGCCAUGUUCUCCAAACUUAGCUUACAAGGGCUAUGCUGAAGGAGAAACCUGUUGCUUGCAAUGGAUGUGCAAAGAGCCUAUGAAACAAGCCUUUUGCCUGUUUCAAGGAGCUCGUUAUCUGGUGUCUGAACAAUGGGAAGUUCGUAAGGGAUCUCAGCUUAGAACUUGUAUUUGCCACUUAAGUACUACGGGUAGCCCUGAAGUUGAAUGCAGAGGUGGUUGUCCACAGAUUCCACAAAGAUUUCUUUUGCCCACAGAACAGUGUCUGCGCCCUGUCAUUGUAACUCCAGAUGAUCCACUGAUGUGUCCUUAUGUUGUUUGUAACAACACAAUAUCAGGACAAGAACUGUAUAAUGUCAAUGUUGUUGCUUUGAACUCAACUGCUGUGCGAAUCAGAUUUACCUUAUCAAACAUUUUGGUUGGCUUAAUUGGACAUGCUGAAUUACAUUUCACCACAGAUCCAACACUGCCUUCCAGCCAAUGGCACGUACAGAAAUUUUCAAGGCCAAAACGAUUGUUUGACAGCCCUAAUAUUGAAUAUAUUCUGAAUGCUUUGAGACCAAACACAACAUACUUCUUACAAGUCAAAAUCAAGAUUGAUGCUUUGCAAGGUGGGCCGGAAAGCGAAGUGUUUAAGCUGAAAAUGCCCGAAGAUAUCAUGCCAUUUACAAUGAGCACUAUGCCAUCAACUACCACUACUAGUACAACUACUGCUGCAACAACAAUCACUACUACAACUACUACAGUACCUCCUAUGAUGAUAAUUGAUGCCAAAGCAGAGGCACAUGUGAUUGAUGCUAAAACAGUAAGAAUAUCUUGGAGGAAUUUCGAUUCACAAGAAAAGAAGUACAUUUAUGCACUUCAACUAAAGUAUAAACUGCAGAACGAAGCUGAAGAUAAAUGGAUCACAACUCCUAUGAUCCAUAGAGAUGUGACAUCAUACUUUCUGCAUGAUCUGGAACCAUCCGCAAAUUAUGUUGUAGAUAUGAUCUAUACGCCUCCAAGGGAUGUGCCAACAAAAAUUAUUUCUGGGAAAGGCUUAGAAUUCCAAACAGCAGCUAAAGCAAAAGAUAAUUAUCAUCUACAAGUGUCUGUUGAAGAAAGCAAAAUUAGUUCUGAUAAGUCAUCAUUUUCAUUUGUUGGUAUUCCUGAUCCUGUUACAAAAUAUGUGCAUGUGGUUAAAGUUAUCUAUAAAACAUCUGAUGGAGAGCAAGCUUACAGUUUCAAAGUGCCUAAGUCCAAUUACGUAACAUUGGACCACCUCAAGCCUGGAAAAAAAUAUUUGGCUCAAUUAGAGUUAUAUCUUACAAAUGGGCAAACCCUGACAUCCAAUGAAGUUGAAUUUAUUACCAAACCUGCAAAGGCUGAUAUGAAUGUUGCUGCCUCAUCAAAUGUCAUAAGCCAAGAAAGUCAAGUAAAUGGUAAACAAGCUGAGCCUUUGCAUAGUGGUGAUGAAGUAGAAGAUGAAAAUAGAGCCUAUUUUAUCGCCUUGGUUGUGGUUGCUGUUGUAGCUGCUGUUGCUGCCUUUGGGUUCAUAUUACUACUGGUUAUCUUAGUAAGGCGGCAAGCAUCUGCAAAAGCUCCAAUUUCAAGAACGCCAUCAGAGUCAGCAUAUGACAAUCCAACAUACAAAACUUUUAAAACAUUUCUGACCUUCUUCGGUCCGAACCUGGACUGCAGUCCACCAGUUGCUGACUGCGGUCCAUCAGUUGCCGACUGUGGUUCGCCAGUUGCCGACUGCAGUUUGACUGUUUGCUGACUGCUAAUCUAGAAAUGAUGUCUUAAAAAUAUACCACUUUGACUUAUGAUGGAGAGAGGCCGGAAGAUAAGACAAAUGGACAAACAAUGCAAACCACUCAAACGUAGCCACUAGCAUUUCUUAGAACUUUUUAACUAAUGGAAAUGAACUGAAGCUUGAUUGGCGGAACAUUGAAGAUGAUGUUGACAUUGUUUGAUGUUUCAAGUUAUGGUUGCAUAGUCAGUUACUACUGCCAUUUUCCUAUUCAGCAACCUUGGAAAUUGAAUAACAGGUUUUUGAAAUGUGGAAAAACUGUUUUUAAAGUCCCAAUCCUGGCAUUCUUUAUAAUUAAGCAUAAUCGUCGCUAAAUUGUUGAAAGAAUGUAUUUCAUAAUUUUCCCUCAAAUAAUGAAUUUUUCAGUGUAA